CCUCCACCGGCGGGAGGGCGGCCGUUGGGGCCGUUGCGGUGGCGGCGACUCUGCGCCCAGGGCUCCAGAUGGAGGCGGCCCGGGAUCUCGGGCCCAGGCUCUGCUGCAAGCCUGGAGGGCGGCUGGACAUGAGCCACGGCUUCGUGCACCACAUCCGACGGAACCAGAUCGCCCGGGACGACUACGACAAGAAGGUGAAGCAGGCGGCCAAGGAGAAGGUGAGGAGGCGGCACACGCCUGCGCCGACGCGGCCCCGCAAGCCCGACCUGCAGGUGUACCUGCCACGACACCGAGAUGGCUCUACCCGCCCAGGCAACCCAGACUUGGAAGAGUCCAGUGAAAGCAGCAGUAGUGGUGGCUCUGAACUAGAGCCUUCUGGCCAUCAGCUCUUCUGCUUAGAAUACGAGGCGGACAGUGGCGAGGUCACAUCAGUUAUCGUGUAUCAGGACGAUGACCCUGGAAGGGUGAGCGAGGAGGUGUCUGCCCACACGCCUCUGGAUCCGCCCAUGCGAGAGGCUCUCAAGUUGCGUAUCCAGGAGGAGAUUGCAAAGCGCCAGAACCGUCACUGACCAACUUGAAAGCAUUCUCUGCAGGCUGGAUUCACUGCCCGUGGAAGCGUUCUGCCCAGGGAGCUCAGCCGUAACCUGAGGGCACCUGUUUGAUCUUGACACUGCCAGAGCUGCUGCAUCCACAGGGUCAUUCCAAGAUUCCACCUGGCCCAUCUCCCCCGCAACCACUUACUGGUUGGCCUGUUUACCAGCCUCAUAUUCUGGAAUUCUUUGAGAAUUCGGUGUGGCUGACUUGGUGUUCUGGGAGCACAGGCUUGAGGGCGUACCAGGGUUUAUGAAGCCUUUUGCUGUCAUGCUGCGUUCUCAGAGGUCACAUGCCUGACUGCUUUGUGUCCCACCCAGCUCCGUGAGCGCUGUUAUUUCAUAGUUCCUUUCCUUCGUGUUGUGCUCACUUCACGUCCACCAGUGUUUCCCUGGACUUUUUUUUUUAGCUUUAUUCUUUGUUUUUCCUUUUCUUCAUCUCUCUGCCUCAGGUCGAAUCUCUCAGUUCUCUCCCCACCCCCUCAACAAGACUGUGUACCUCCAGCUGCUCGGGACCUUGGAGGUGGGGGAUUGUGAGGCUCUGCCUUUCCAACAAGUUCUCCAAGUAAUUCUGUCGCCAGAAUAAAGUGGGAGACCUUUAUUUCUGAGGCCUACUCACAAGCACGUCUCCCUCCCCUCCCACGCUUUCGUGAGCUGCUUGCAUGCGCCACACCACUGUCAGACAGCAGACCUAGGGAGAAGAUCCUGGUGCUAAACCACAAGGAUUUCUUGCAGCAAAACCUGCCUGGAGCUGCAGAAUUCCAGCUGCGAAUAGACUCCUCUGCUCAGGACAACCAAUGGAGAAUUAUCGAAGCAAGCUUGAAACUAACUCUCCAACCGUGACUUAAAAGUCUAGACCAUAAGUACAAAGGGAAACUCAACAUUAACAAUAAUUGCCUGUUUGGAGCCCUAGUUGCAAAAAAAAAGGGGGGGGGGGGGACUAAACAACUCUCCUUAUCUGUUCCCUCUCCCUGUCCAAUGUCCUGGCCCAUGCUUCCUCCCUCGCUUAUCUCAAGGAUAUGCAUAAGGCAGCUUCAAAAAGUUCAUGGAAAGUGGAAUCGAAAGACAGUCUGAAUUGUCUGUGAGCUUAUUGAAGCCCUCUGUUGUACGUAUAACUGAGGCCCUGAAAGAGUCCCAGAAUAGCACUGCUCUUCCCUAGGGAACAUUUUUUUCUACCACAGGGUUAGGCUAAGGUCUGAAGUCCACAAGACAUCGUGUGCACCAAAGUUUCCAAGGCACUUCUAUCUGCGAGCAAGUCGGCGUGACCUCAGUGACUUGACAUUUACAGCUUAAGUGAGCCGGUGAGCCCUGGAACUUCCCGAAACCAAAGCCCUCUGGCCCCCUGGUUUCUCCACAACAGGAUCUCAGGAUCAGCCUGGCAGUUCUAUGGCAGCAGUUCUUCUCCUAAAAGACACCCAAGGGAACUGUUGGUUUGUGCCCCACACUCCUGAAAAUCAUCUCACUUCAAAUGGGGCAAGGUGGCUCCUUCAGCUACGCCAUUAGAACAUGGGAUGCUGAGUUGCAGCCUGCAGUGCCAGGGAACGCUGGGACAGUGAGUGAGGCAGAUAAGGUCAAGGGGCCUGGUUGUGAAAGCCAGUGAGCAGAGUGCUGCAGACCCGCAAAGCUGCACCAGGUUAAGUGCCUUGAACUUACCAGUCCUGGGCUCAGGUCUGCUUUCAAAGGAGAAAAGUCUUUGCCCUCUACUUAGGCAGCUGGCUAAAAGUGCCUUCUGUUCACUCCCUCCACAGCCUGGGUCAUGCAGGCUGUGCCGAACCCCACCCCCGUUCUUCACACAGCCUAGAGGACCAGUCACUCUAGUCCUCCAGCUCCUCAAUGGAUGCUAUGGUUAGGACAUAGGACUUCACUGGAAUUCCAUGACGGCUUAGAAGGAAAUACUUUCUGGAUUCAUCUCACAACUGGAUCACCUGUGUCCUAUUUUUAUAGAACUCAGAACACCAGAGGGUUGAAGUCUGGGGGCAUGACCCCUGACAUUUGAGCUUCUGCUCCUGUUUUGUGUGGAGGGACGUUGUCAGUGUUUACACAUCGUGUCCUUUCGUGUGUUUGUCAUGGGAUCCUCCGAGAUCCCCUCAGGUAGAUGGAUUGAAACUCCUUGCCUCUAAACUUGCUUUUCUUGCAGCACUUUGCUUAUCAAGUGUAUGUAAAACAUUUUCUACCCAACAGAGCACUCUAAUCCGUGUAGCAUGACCCUGUAAAGCACUAAGCCUUGUACCUGGAAGAGAGCCUGUCCAUCAGCACUGGGCUCCUGGAGGCAAGGCUGCCUCUCUGCAGAGGGACAGCCUCAGCCUUACGGCUAACUGCCACCCCCUAUUGGGAGCCCAAACUGGUACUAUCUCAUCACUGGACCUGCCUCCAGACACCUUCCACCUGUUACAAAAAUUGGUGCUUUGCCAUCCAGGACUGUGUUCUCCCACUGACUCCAGGAUGUCUCAGGACUGCCCUGUGUUGUGUGGGACAGUGGCAACACUUUUGGACUGAAUAGAACUUUCCAACUGGCUGCUUCAUAAUCAGUGUUCGUUUGAUUAGAUAAAUUUUUGGCUGUCCUAAAAAAAGUCUGAUAGGCAUAUCUCUCAGCAUUCAAUAUGCAGUAUUAAUUCUUAACUGAAGGUAAGCCUGGAUUUUAACGCUUUGUGUUUCCUGAGCCAGCAGGUGAUGUCAUAGGUACAAGGAACUUGGGCUUGCGGGGACUUUGGGCUGUGCAAGAGUAAACACUAAACCUUGAAUCACAGCCAGUUGGCAGAGGUAGUGCUUAAAGAAUGUAACACAAGAAAGGAAGGGAAUUAUACAACCUUUUGCUUUGUUUUUGUUUUGUUUUGUUUUGUUUUAAUUUGAAAGAGCUCCCAUCGAUUGGUUCACCCCCCAAAUGUCCACAAUGGCCAUGGCCUGAGCUGGGCUAGGCCAGAGCCAAGCUUCAGUCCAGGUCUCCCAUGUGGAUGGUAAGAACCCAGUUAUUUGAGCCAUCACCACUGCCUUCCAGAGUCUGUAUUAGGGAACUGGAGCCAGGAAUUAAAACCAGGUAUUCCUGGUGGGACAUGGGCAUCCUAACCACUGGGCCAAACCACCUUUCUCUAGAAAGUUUUGUACCCAUUGAGAGUUAGAGCCUCUGGAGACCAGCCAGCCAGUGGGCCCUUGUAGGCAAUUACAAGUGCAUCUCCCUGUGGAAAGGAUGCUCAUGUGGACGGUCCACUCUGAGGGGCACUGCCUGCUAGAGAUGAGCCCAUGUGGAAGCGUUUGGAGGUGGUAUGUAUCCAGUCUGCCAUUCAUUUGGGAGGACCAGUGAAUGGUUAGUAGAUCCCCAGCUAGCUCACAAAUUUCGGGGAACCUUUCUAAGUAGAAAGAACAUUAAGGACAUCACUUUCCUACCUCUGAGCUGCCUUUUGGGAGAAUCGCCAUGGCAUGUUGACAAUUAACUACUUGAAACAUCUUAAAUCCCCUCAUCGAAUUCCUGCCCUGUCGAGGGAUCAGCUUGGAAGAGCCAUAGGCACCCACCCCAAAUGUCCCCAGGAGUUGGAGCAAUGCUCAAAAUGAAAACCUGAGUGACAACUCCACUGCCUGCAACAGAUGAGACUGCACUGCUUGUGUUAAAUGUAUAAAAAGCCAUAUGUUCUGUUUCCUCAUUUCCAGUGUUUCUGCUGUGUGGAUUAAUAAAAUUAAGUGCAAAUUAUGUGACUGGCCCAAGAAAAAAGGUUCUUUUCAAAUACAGUAUUUUUUUAAACAAUAAACUUACUAUUUUU